CCACUUGCACGUUUUUCAUCCUUUAUGGUUUUAUUCAUGCGGGGCCAACUUGCAUGCAUUGUAACGGAGCCGGAGACAUUGAAAAUUGUUUUUUAAAUACUGUCAGAUGCGGGGACCUUGAGGACUGUUAUUUAGACAAAUAUGUGGAUGAAAACUCGGUGAUCAGAUACGAUGCAGGGUGUCGUUCGAAACAGGUGUGUAGUGGUCAAGGUAGACGGAGACGGCGUUUAGUGGUCUGCACUAGUUGUUGUAGUGACGCCCCUGACCAUAAUGGGCCGUGUAAUGCCAAACUUUGCGGUAUAGGUCCUGUUACUUAUGCAAAUUCAACCUGUGUUGUUUGCGAAGGAGUACACAGUGACGUGACGUCAUGUUCGUCAACUUCUGUUUGUCCUCCUAACGAGGCAAGUUUAAAUAUUAUUCAACGUAACGGAAUGAUGCAUCGUAUAUAUAGUUUGUACAGACAUAUAUUUUUGAAUUUCUGAGUAUUAUAAAGAGUAAACAGUGAUGAAAACAAAGUUUA